GCCACCACAGCUGCUGCUGUGACCAAGAUGGCUGAGAGACCCACUGCCUAUCUCAAGGAUGCCUGGGCCAGGGAGCUGGUGCUGGUCGCAUUCUUUACCACUGGGGCAGGGGGGGCGGCUUACUAUAAUUCUGCCCUCCUCUGCCUUCCUCAUGGCACCAAAUAUGCCAUGAUGAUCAACCAGGUCACAGCCUAUAACCAACCAGUGCCCCCCCAAGAUGAUGGAAACAUGCCCCACAUGCCCAGCCACCCCCAGGACCUCCAGGGCCCAAGAUUGGAGUGGCUAAAGAAAUUGUGA